AUGAGGUUGCGCCGUUCGGCCAGCAGGCCAGGGUGGCCUUGGGUGUGCGUGAACCUUCAGAACCUUGAUAGUGGAACCAGUCCCCUGCGUUUGGGAGAAAAGAGCUGCCAAACAGCAGCCGUGGGUCCCUGGCAUAUUCCUUGCUGUGAUAGUGGUCUGUCCGUGCCUCUUGGCCCAUUGUUCUGGACUUGCCGAACGGUAAGGGGGGAGUUGGAGAGGAGGUCACACAGGAGCUACCACGUGCCGUUUGGCAAUUGGCUAUUAGGAUGCGGUUGUUUGAGAAUGGGAGGUGCCGAGCGGCAGAUUGGGUUUGUUUUCGAAACCACUGGUUCAGCAGGAUGUUGA